AUGACCGAACAAGAUGAUCCAUUCUAUCAAUUAGAUCCUAUUAGCGACUACUUGAGUUUCGUAGACAACUUGGAUAAUGAUAUUGAUGGCAGUAAAACCUAUAGUAAGCUUGUCAAUCUACGUGUGACUUUGUCUUCGUUUGGCUACCUCAACAGCUUCCACGAUAGUAUCUACUCCUUCCCCAGCACGAUAGUCGAAUUAACAGUAGAUAACGGCAGAUCAGUUCUGGAUGCUUUUAAAAGGUAUUUCUACUUAAACCUAGAGGACCUCUGUCCUGAUGAGGAGUUACAUCCUUGCAUAUUCGAAUUUUUGAUUUCUCAACGCCCCGAGCGGAAACCGUACGAAGUCGAGAAUAUUUCUGAAUUGAUAAAAAACAUCUGUCAUGAACAAAAUGUACAAGUACUUGACGACUGGCAGACAGACGGACCGUACAACAAUUUUAUAGAGAUUGUGGCAUUGUUUGUAGCAGCUCAUGCCUCGUCGCGAGCCCCACAAGAAGCAGCUCAACUGAGUGAGAGACAUAAGGGACCAUCCCUUCAGCCCUUCUUCAACUUCAUUAAAGAGACAAUUCGGAAAGUAACAGACGGAUUCCCCCGUAUAUGUUCACCUUGUGUUCACAUCUUUCAAAGUAGCAUGUAUGGUAAGUCUAGCUUGAUCAAGGGUCUAGCUUCUCAUCACGUUUACUUGAGUUAUAUGAACUUAGGCGAGAAAUUGAUUUCUGGCCAUUCUAGCUCUCUUUUCGCUAGCAGUAGUGAUAGGGUCAUUGGAUGGGGGUAUUUAAGUACUGCAGACGAUCCCGAGAUCGCUCAAGAUGUUUUGCUAUUCCUUAUUUGCACACUUCAAGAACUCGUCAGAGGAAUUGAGAACAAUGAAGACAACUAUGCAACAGUCAAAGGAUUCUGGACAUUCCAGGAAAAGUCAUCAGUCUUCGAUCGAACUGUGCAGAUGAAUUUUAACAAAAAAAAGACACGACAGGACUAUAAUGAAAUAUGGAAAAUCCUCUCAUCUCCCCAAGCGGUUACUGUCACAGUUGAUACUGUCAUACUAUCUCAAAAUGUAAAAGAGCUACUAAGAGGAGAAUGGAGGAAAUACCGCUCGGCACUCAAGAGGAAUAAGGACACAAAUAUAGGAGAAUACUUUGCGCUCGCCAUCGACGAAGCUGGAAUUCUGAAUAUGAAAAAUUUCACAGAUAACAUGAACUUCCCAUAUUUUUAUAUGCUCAAAAAGGUGGCACGUUGCCUUGUAGCUGAAGACCUAUGGAGAGGGUUUGCUAUAGUACUUGCGAGUACAUCAGGUAUUCGUGAUUAUGAUGUGUAUUUAAGUGAGAUCGGUGAAAUCGACGUUGUGCCCUGGUACGACCUCGAUACCUUCGAUAUGCACGUACGAUGGGGUGAAACACCACUUACAUUAGAUUUCAGUGACAUUGGAACUUUGAGAUUCUAUGCUAAAUUUGGUAGACCUGCGUGGAAGGAGUACGUUGACAGUGGCCGUGAGAACAAACUUCUGGCGGACGCCAGUGCUAAGAUUAGUGGGAGAAGCAAUGACGGGCUAUCAAAGCAUCAUAUCCUUCUUGUUGUAUACGCCGUGCCUCUGAAUUUCAGUUUUCGUACAAAGGGAAGAUUGGUAGAAUCACGAAUGGCCACAGUCCUAAGUGUGUCUGAUAAACUUGAUGAUCUCAAGGUAGGAUAUCCUAGUGAGCCAAUUCUGGUCAUGGCAGCCCAUAAAAUCUUGGAAGGCGAAAAUGACCUUGAUCUUAUUUCACACCUGCUUAGCGACAAGGUCCUGUCUCCUGCGAAUGCUAGUAAAUUUAUCGCGAGAUGGAUGUUGCUGGAUGUUCUGAGAACUGCGGGUUUGCGCGAUGGCUUACAGAGCAAUUACUGUCGUGUUCGUGAUCUUUUCAAUGGUCUCAAUGAAAAGUAUCACGUCACCCGUAGCUCUGGCAAUCCAAAUGAACAUCAGUUACUUAAUGAGAGAAUACAUCUCAACCACUGGAUGACUCUUGAUUCUGAGUGUACUAUGCAGAUGUUGGCGCUCGGAUUCUUGAGAGGCUGUGGAUUUUGCUUUGAAAGAAGAGACAGAGAUUUCGAUCUCGUCAUCCCCAUAUAUUUGGAAAGCAGACAGGUUGACCUUACAAACAUCAGACUCUUUGAAGGUGACGAGGAUAUUCAAUGGGGGUUAGCAGAGUUGAGUUUAGUAUCUCAAGCAUUCAGUGUUCUUCUCAUUCACGUCAGUAAGAACGAAAAUUCACGUAGCGGUCAUUACGCCUCCAUUCACGAUAGGAUGGCCGGAGCAACGCAGCUGAUCUUUGGUCGAUACAAGCCAAUUAUUAGUUUGCAUAUGAAAUUGAGAGCAGGACCACCUACCAGUUUCGAUCAGAAACCCAGGUAUAAUGAGAAUUGGGCAAAUGUCUUUACAAAUCAAGAAGAUUGGGCUGAUAUCCAUAUGCAAGAAAGAGAGGCUGUGUUAGCUCAAGACUUUAAUCUUGCCUAUGACCUUCAUGUCACAGCCCACAACAAUUCAAACAGCGAAUUCAUUGGUAGAUUGCAGGAAGUGGUUCAUUUGGCUGUAGAAGGUAGCGGGAAUCCUUCAGAAAAGAUUACGUUGCAAAGGAAUGCGUCGACUGAUUAUCGUAAACAGACAGAGGUGAUUAGGGAAGCUCGUCAAAAGAAGAGACAAGAGCAGCAGCACAAUCUAACAGAAGCCAAUGAAGGCCUGCGACAUCAUGAGGCCCAAGUAAUGGGGAUGUCCUCUAUUGUUAGUCGAUUACGCCCUCGGCCCGCAAACCAACUGUUGGAUAAGCCCAGCUCUGCGGUUAAAGCAGAGGAGUCAUUGGCACCCGACAAUUCAGAAAGUAAAGAACCGACAAACGGAGCGAAAACUCUUAAGCGAAGGGCAGCUCCUGUAAAUCGUCCUAGAAGACGUCGAGGACCUGGUCCUAGAUAA